CGCAGAAAAAACUUCCGAGAAGCAAACUGCAUAAUUGUCUUCAUUUCCUUACAAUAAUAUGAAAUCAUUUUUUGAGGGAAUAAAACGUGCCUGGUUUUUGAUGAGCACUUGGGCUCACUACGCUACUGUCUUUUAAGGUUGAUCAGGAUGGCGGCACUUGGGAGAGCUAAAUAUUUUUGGGGCGUUCGUCGGAGUCAAAAGUAGGCGAACCGCUGCCCGACAAAGAUGAUGGACAUUGAGUUAAGAGUGUCGAGAUGUUGGGGAAUGAAAUGGUUUUUGCAUCCCGCUGGUGGAGGUCUGGAGGAUUGGAUUGAUGUUUUUCAUUCAUUCGUGUGGGCGUAGUACACUUUCACAGGAUUUCCCAGAGACGGAAUGGGACAGUCCCGCCAAGGCCCCUUGAAACUCUUCUCGCGAGGUCACCGGUUUGAAGCCGAGAUGUGGAAACGGUCAAUGCUGCGGCCACUCUUGUCUCUUUGUCCAGACACCAUUGCUGUUGUCAUCCAGACACCAUUGCCCGGCCCACAACCUCGGGGGAAAAAACGAAAUGCCCAAUGAUUACGAUCAACAUUUGUCUUAACAAAGUAGUAUAUUAUCAUGCCUUAAUAUGUGUACACAAAGUUCGGGGCUCGUAAUGGGUUUCCAUUAUCAAUAAGCUGAACGAAAUUUGCUUUUGCAUAAACGAUUCACCCAUAUUACGAUUGAAGUUGAGCGGUCGGUGCGUGCUUUCUUUGGUCGAUAUUGUAAUGAGUUAACUGGAUAAAGACAAAUGUCAUGACAGUGUGAAGGUUAUAAACGGUUUGUAACAUGUGGUUUCGUCGCUUGGGUUCACGGCGCUGCCCUUCGCCUGCAAAGGUGCAAGGCACGGUAGUACUGGAGCAAGAAAAAAAAAAAAGAAGAAAAAGAAAAAGAAAAAAAAGAGCGGGCGAGAGAGAGAGAGAGAACUCCCGGCUGAGCGAUUUCAUUUCACUCGAGUGAUCGCUCUGUCCGAAUAGAAGAUCUCAGGGAGCGCGACGGGUCCAGAGCGACGUCACAGGCUCGCAGCCCGCCGUUAGCCAGCUCGGACCUCAACGGACCUCAACGGACCUCGACGCUUUGGUGGACUUCGGGGGUCAACCGAAGCAAGGACGCUUUCAUUCCACGCGAAGCAAGCGGCCGGGGAGGGCGGAGGCGGGGCGAGCGAGCGUCUGUGACGCCGCCGGGUUCGGCCGGAGGGCCGCGGAGGGAUCAGUUGACUUGAACGGACCGGAAUCCUGGGAUCGAUAAGUGUGUUCGGAUGGAGAAGAGGAGGUCGGACUGCCCAGCUUUGCCACCCGGCUGGAAGAAGGAAGAAGUGAUCAGGAAGUCUGGUCUGAGCGCCGGCAAGAGCGACGUUUAUUACUACAGUCCUACAGGGAAAAAGUUCCGGAGUAAACCUCAGUUGUCCCGUUAUCUUGGAAACUCAGUGGAUUUGGCAUGUUUCGACUUCCGGACGGGAAAGAUGAUGCCUGGCAAACUUCAGAAGAACAAACAGAGACUCCGACAUGACCAACUCAUUCUGGCAAAGGGUGGUAAGCCUGACCUGAACACGACUCUGCCCAUCAGACAGACAGCAUCCAUCUUUAAACAGCCUGUUACCAAGGUUACAAGUCACCCGGGAAACAAGGUAAAGACAGACCUGCAGAGAGCGACUGAGCAACCCAGACAGCUCUUUUGGGAGAGAAGGUUGAAAGGUUUGCGAUCAUCGGAUGUCUCAGAGGAAGUUCUACGUACAAUGGAGCUACCUAAAGGCCUACAGAGUGUUGGUCUAAACUCGAAUGAUGACACUCUGCUGUCCGCCAUCGCCAGCGCUCUGCACAUGAGCUCCGCUCCGAUCACGGGACAGACAUCAGUGGCGGCUGAGAAGAACCCAGCAAUCUGGCUGAACACAUCCCAACCGCUCUGUAAGGCUUUUAGCGUGACUGACGAACAAAUCCGGGAGCAGGAGCUGAAGGUGCACCAAGCAAGGAGGAGUCUGGAGGAGGCACUGAUGGCUCACAGCUUGGCACGGGCUGCUGAAAACAGCAAAGAGAUGUCAGAAGGGAAGGCGGCUUAAAGACAAAGAAGAAGAAAAGUUCGUCCGUUCGCCAGCCUCGGGUUUUAUCACCGUCUUCAUCUGGACCUAAACAACAAACUGGCAACCAAAGCUUUGCAACUUUCCAC